AUGGAAGCUAUUAGCUCCGUAUUCGCAACAUGUAAAAAGGAAUCCCGCGCUGCACUUGUCACAUACGUGACAGCCGGGUAUCCUACCGCAACCUCAACACCGGAUAUCAUGCUCGCCAUGCAAUCGGGCGGCGCAGAUAUCAUCGAACUAGGCAUCCCAUUCACAGACCCCCUAACCGACGGCCCAACAAUCCAAAAAUCCAACGCCCAAGCCCUGCAAAACGGCGUCCGGAUCCCAGAGAUGCUACAAAUGGUGUGUGAAGCUCGAAGCCGAGGUCUCACAGCGCCGGUCGUAUUUAUGGGAUAUUAUAAUCCUGUCCGGGCUUAUGGGGAGGAGAAGAUGUUGAGGGAUUGUAAGAGAGUGGGUGUGAAUGGGUUUAUUAUGGUUGAUUUGCCGCCGGAGGAGGCGGUUAGGUUUAGGGGGGUUUGUAAGGGGUUUGGGUUAUCCUAUGUCCCACUUGUUGCGCCAUCGACGCCGGACUCGCGUAUCAAAAUGCUUUGCAGUAUUGCGGACUCAUUUGUGUACGUUGUUUCGCGGAUGGGCGUGACGGGAUCUCUCAAGGUGCUCGAUGAGGGCUUGAACAAGCUCCUCGAGCGUGUGCAUGUAUACACCGAGAACAGAGUUCCAACGGCCGUUGGAUUCGGGAUCAAUACCCGUGAGCACUUCGUCGACGUAGCUCGCAUCGCGGACGGGGUCGUUAUCGGAAGUAAGAUCAUCAGUAUACUCCGGGAUGCACCCGAGGGAACUGGGGCCCACAAAGUGCAGGAGUAUUGUCUGCAUGUCACCGGCAGAACAGAGCCUCGAGUUCUCACUCCUCCCACCGAGGAAGACAAGCCUGAAGAAGACACAACUACAUCCACAAUCGCUACACCGAACAUUACGGACGGCACAGAUCUCACACCCACCGAUCUAACAACCCGCUUCGGCCAAUUCGGUGGCCAAUACGUCCCCGAAGCCCUAAUGGAAUGUCUCACCGAACUCGAAACAGGGUUCAACACCGCCAUAUCCGACCCAACCUUCUGGGCCGAAAUCGCAUCCUACGCCUCCUACGCAAACCGCCCUUCAAGUCUACACCUAGCACCCCGCCUAACAGCCCACGCCGGCGGGGCCCGUAUCUGGCUUAAGCGCGAAGACCUCAAUCACACAGGUAGCCACAAGAUCAACAACGCACUCGGGCAGAUCGUUCUCGCGAAACGUCUCGGUAAAACAGCUAUCAUCGCUGAAACAGGAGCCGGACAGCACGGCGUGGCAACGGCGACAUUGGCCGCGCGGUUCGGUAUGAAAUGCACUAUCUUCAUGGGUGCGGAGGAUGUACAGCGGCAGGCGCUGAAUGUGUUCCGGAUCAAGUUACUCGGUGCUCGGGUUAUUGCUGUCCCCGGUGCGCAUCCUGGUGAUGGGGGGACGCUGCGCGAUGCGGUGAAUCAGGCGUUCCGGACUUGGGUGACGGACCUGGAUAGUACGCAUUUCGUGAUUGGGUCUGCGUUUGGACCGCAUCCGUAUCCGACUAUUGUGCGGACGUUCCAGGCUGUUAUUGGGAAUGAGGCAAGGGCGCAGUAUCAAGAGCUUAAUAAUGGGAGGCUUCCCGAUGCAGCCGUUGCGUGUGUAGGUGGUGGAUCAAACGCCGCGGGCAUGUUCUAUCCCUUCGUGCAGGAUGCAGGCGUACAACUCGUCGGCGUCGAAGCAGGCGGCGACGGCUCAGCCGUUGGUCGUCACUCCGCAACGCUAGCACGCGGCUCAGUCGGUGUUCUACACGGAGUCCGAACAUAUGUGCUUCAAGACGAUGAUGGCCAGAUCACUUCGACGCACUCGAUCUCCGCGGGACUGGAUUACCCCGGUGUUGGACCGGAGUUGGCGAGUUGGAAGGAGUGUGGGCGGGCGAGGUUCGUUGCUGCGAGUGAUCAGGAUGCGUUGGAUGCGUUUAGGUUGUUGAGUGAGACGGAGGGAAUUAUUCCUGCGUUGGAGAGCGCGCAUGCUAUUGCUGGUGCGGUGAGGUUGGCGAAGGAGUUGGGUGUGGGGAAGGAUAUUGUGGUUUGUUUGAGUGGACGGGGUGAUAAGGAUGUUCAGACUGUGGCGGGGAUGUUGCCGGAGCUGAUGCCGGAGACUGAGGAGGAGUAA